UAAAAUACGAGUGGAAUGUAGAUUUUAUCACAGAGUGGUCAACGACUGUAACUCCUUACUCGAUGAAGUAGUGUUAGCUGCAUCAGUGAAGACUUUCAAAGUGAAAUUACAUCUUUUCAUAGAUGCAUAUUUCAAGAAUCAAAACAGGCCACAGUAGCCUGUUAUCCAGCAUUUCCUGAAUAUGAAUCAGAACGGCGGGCUGUCCGGAGUAGGCGUUACAUUGGCCUCAUGUGGAUGUACCUCGUAAAGAGAUCCAAAAAAAAUUUCAGAUAACUUCAAAUGGACUGUGAUAGUAAUAACAGCAAUAAUAAAUCUUCAUUUGGUUGUCGAUACCUUACAGUUGAUAGUGAUGUUUAUGAACAUAAUGCGUGGGAUAUUAUUCAGUGGACAGAAGAGCAGGAGAAUUUGGCGAAAGAAAGAAUACUUCUAAAUAGUACUGAACGGCUGCCAGAAGAUUCCCAGGAAAAGAUAGAAAUUCUGGCACAAGAGUAUUGGGAUAAAUUUUACUCUCACCAUAAAGAUAAAUUUUUUAAAGAUCGGAAAUGGAUGGAAAAAGAGUUCAGUGAAUUAUUUUGUUCAACGUCAUCUAGUAUGCAUAUAAUGGAAGUCGGUUGUGGUGUGGGAAAUACAAUACUUCCUAUUUUACGCCUUGUCAAGAAUCCAGAUUUGUUCAUUUAUGCUUCUGACUUCUCUGCACAGGCUUUAUCUAUACUUACUCAUUCGGAUGGAUAUGAUUCCAGUCGCUGCGUCGCUUUCACAUAUGAUAUUACAAAGACAUCCGAGGAAAUUCCUUGUCCCAGAAACAGCUUAGAUUAUCUAAUCUUAGUAUUUGUAUUGUCAGCAGUUAAUCCGGAAUUAUUUCCGUCGGUCAUAAGAAAUCUUGUAACAUAUUUGAAACCUGGUGGUGUACUACUUUUUCGAGAUUAUGGACGAUAUGAUUUGGCUCAGUUACGAUUUAAGAAUGGCCAAUGUUUAAAGGAUAAUUUCUAUAUGCGACUAGAUGGAACACGGGUUUAUUUUUUCACGCAAGAAGAGCUACAUGAAUUAUUUAUCAAUGCUGGUCUGGAGAAAAUUCAAAAUAAAGUUGAUCGCAGGUUGAUCGUAAACCGGAAAAGAAAAUUACAAAUGUACAGAGUAUGGAUACAGUGUAAAUACAGAAAAAUCUAACACGUUUGCAGUGUUGUUUUUGCUUCUCACCACUUAAAGGAUAGAUAAGAAUAAUCUUAUUUUCAUCCCGUAGGAGACUUGUGGUCUUUCGAUGCAAAGUUUGUUUGUCACAAAUGUUAGAGUUGUUAUUGACCAAGUUUUUAUCUUAUUCCACUAUAUCACACAAAUUAUAAUUCUAUUCAACUGUAUGACAUCAACAUACCAUGAAACUCAAGGAGUUGUGAGUAGUAAACACAGGUACUAGGUCGAAA